CGAGCGGCGCGGUGCUUGCUUUGAGAUAGAGCUGAUCAGGGUCCCUUCCCUCGCAUACGCAGAGUAUAUCUGCCCACACUGCGGUUCCUUCGAAUCACGGCGUCCCUCCUCCACGCCCAUCUCGGGCUCUCCCUUCCGGCCACAAAGAGCCAUCGCAACACCUCAGAUGACACAGAGCAAGGGAGGCAGCAGCUCCCUAGCCGCGCCGCAGAGGAGGACGAAUGAUCUUGGAGACGUCAGCACAGACUCGCCGCCGCCUGCCUCUCCUCUUGCAGGAGGGGGCCACUCAGACGAGGAAGCGGAGGCAGAGCGAGAAGUGGUGGAGGGCAAGGCUGGAGAGGAGGAUUUGGCGGAGGGUCAACAGAGGUCAAGGGGGUUGAGCAAAAGGGUGACAAGGAGUAGCUCAGGGCAGGGAAUGGAGGUGGAUUGAAUUUGACGAGGGAUGGCAGUGAAGACAUCCCAAAAGCGCGAAGCGUGUCGCGUGCUGCACGGGCCCGCACUCAACGGCCGCGGCUUGACUUUUUCGAUGGAGCGGGAGAGGCCACUCAGUCGAAGCUUGCCUCGCUUUCCGCUUGCCUCGCUCCGCAUCAUCUUGUCUCUUCUCAUCAGCCAUCAGCUUCGCACAAUGAGGGGCAGCACUGCGGGCAGAGUCGCCUGGGUGAUCCGCUGUGAGGCCGUCGCUGGCCCUUCAGCAGCUUCAUCAUCGCGCCUGUCGCAGCCUCUGCCGCGAAGAUGUCCGCCACCUUCGUAUAUGCAGCAUCGAGCCACGUCCUCCUCUUCUUCUUCCUCAUCACGACAAGAAACGGGCAGCGGCAAUGUCCAAGACCCGUCCUCUUCAUCGUCCACAUCAGCACCAUCAAUGCCUCAUCGUCUCUACGAAAACUCUCGCGCUUUCGAAGGACCCCGCCGUGCCUCCAAGUCGCUCCGUCUCUUCGGUCGUCGCACCCUUCGAGCAGCCGAUCCUUCCACCUCGCCCACUACCUCUUCCAGCUCAUCAUCUAGAUCCAGGCUCGGAGACUCGGGGCAGGCAGACGAUGUGCUCCUCUUCUCUCGGCUGAGUCGCCGCGAAUCGCAGCUUAUAGGGCAACGUGAGCCAGAUGAGCAUUUGCGCUUCCUCUACACUGAGCUGCGCAAGGCGGCCGAUGAGGGGCGAGUUGACAAGUGCUUGGAGCUCUGCAGAACAGUCGCUGUUCGGGUGACGGAAAUGAGGAGGGCGAUGACGGCCUUACCCUUUCACUGUAUACUCAAAGCAAUGGUCAAUUCAGCGGACGUCGACACUGCCCGCAGGGUGAUGGAGGAUAUGCAAGAGUGUGGGGUGGAGCCGAGUGUUACUACUUGGAAUCUUUUCUUGGUCAUCGCCGUCAGAGCGACAGACGAUGAGGCUGUUCAGGAGGCAUUGAGAGGGAUCAGGGAGCUCCCCGACGCCGAGGACUCAGCUGCUGUCUCCUCCUCGUCAUCCAGCCGCGGCCCCGCCAUCUCAUACGACGCCAAGACGGGCUCCCUCCUCCUCCCGACACGCAACUACAACGCAACCACUUAUGGCAUCCUAUUCAAUCACUAUCGCAAGUCCAAGGACCUCGAGUCUGCCUUGCUCCUCCUCGCAGCUCUUCGUCGCUCCGCGCCCACCUCGUCCGACGGCAAUUUAGACAGCACAGCCUCCACGCGCGAGGCGAUCUCAUCUCUGCUCCUCCCUUCAACAGCACAAAAGCUCCUCGCCCUCUGCAUCGAGACCCGCGAGCUUGGGCUGGCACUCGACCUCGCCGUCUGGCUGUCGGACGAGGUGGGAGGGGGUGAGAGGCUGGUCCCACCGAGAGAAUGGAUGAGCAUAGCGGCGGAGAGUGCUCAUCGAGCCUUCCUACCAGGACUCAAGGAAGGGCUGAGGAGAGCGAUGAGCUCUCUCCCCUAUGCGCCGGAUGAAGGUUUCGUCACCUCUGCACUCAACAUGGCAGCGAGUAGGGGAGAGGUUGAUCUGUGUCAUGAGAUCCUCGGCCUUUAUCUCGCCGCCCUCCCACCAGGAGCGCUGCAUGGCAGUAGCGCAGAUGGUGGCGCUGGACAAACAGCGGUGCGUGGUCAACUGCGACACCUUCAUCGAGCCCAUAUUGACGCUCUUGUGGACGCCUAUUCCCACGCUGGGCGCUUCGACGAAGCUCUGCGCCUGCUAGCAGCCAUGCGGCAUCACUGGCAGCUAAGCAGCGUGGACGACGUUACGGCUGCGGCGCUCGAGUUUCGAGCGGCAAAGGACAGAGAGAGCUUGGUGGAGGCGAGCGAUGCUUGGAGGAGGGUGUUGCAUUUCGAAGGCCAGAGGCAGGAGAUACCUGCGGAGUACAGGGAGAAGGAGGCUCCUGCUGAACCUGCGGAAGCUCCUCACACGGCCUCAAGAAAGAGCACCUCUUACCCCACGGCGCCGAAUACUAUGGCAGCCACUCUCGCUCGCGACAAUGUCGUGGCCCUCGCUGCGUCGGGUCGCCUACCUCUCUCGCAAGGGGACGAGCACGCUCAACAGCCACACGGCGACACAAUCGGCCUCAACGCCUUGUUGCGUGCAGCAGCCAAGCUCGGUGAGACGGACAUAGCCCUGCGACUCUGGGAGGACGCCAAACGCUACAACGGCGAGCUAGCCAGGCGGACCAGCCAGCCUGGGCAGUCGCGUGAGGAGCAGCAGCAAGCAGCCCCGCACCCGCACUCGAUCCAGCCGACCAUUGACACCUUCAACGCGCUCCUCUGGUCGUGUCAGACGCGCGUGCCCGCUCCUAGCUUGAAGCUGGCCCUCAGCGUAUACGCCGAGCUGCUCCAGUGGACGGACGAGCAGGCUCAGCGCGCUGCGGCGGGCGGAUCAAAGGAGCAGGCGUCGAAGCGUACCCGCUCCCGCGGAACAGCCGCCGCCGCUGCCGGCGGUCCCCAGCGGCUUCGUCCCAACCCCCUCACCUUCGAGCACCUCAUCUCCAUCUGCAUGCACCCCUCUUCCGCUACGACCGCAACCGCUUUGAGGCGCAACGUGGAUGCUGCCUUUGCGUGGCUGGAGGAAUGCAAGGGGCGCAGACUCAAGCCUACCAAGGCUUCUUAUGAGCGAUUGGUCUGGGGCGUGAGGGAUGAGGAGCAGGAUGUGGUUCGAUCUGUGGAAGGGCAGGAGAAGAAGGAGGGGAGGGGAAAGAGGGUGGCCAGAGAACAGAGAAAGGCGCGAUGGGAGCAGGUGCUGCAUGAGAUGGAGUUUGAGGCUGGGUAUGAGAUUGGGGGAGCUUUGAGGGAGUUUUUGGAGAGGAGGGAGAGAAGGGAUCGAUGGAUCGAGAGGACUCAGAGCUAGCCGGCGGGCGGGUAAGGUGAUGUGAAUAAGCAAUGCAGUAUGAUAAUCGCCGCGAUGUCAG